AUGAGCUCCAAACAGGAGGAGACUCUCCGAUUUUUCCAGUAUGUUGAGGACAGUGGACUGAGGGCUUAUAACGGGCUGCUUGCUCAGAACCUCGAUCACAUGUGGAAUGAGAAAAACAGGACUAACUCUCAGGAGAAAAACGACAAGAAGAGAAAGCAGGAAGAAGCCAUUAAACGGACGAGGGAAGAAGAGGAGGUGGUGACAGAGGGCAAGCACCUGCGGAUGGGGUCAAUAGCAAUGCCUGCGCCAGUGGAUCAUGUGACCCCCAGGCCCUGCACCACAGGCUUCACUGUACGUUCCCAGUCCCUGCACUCAGUGGGCACUGCUGAGGAAGAGGGGAGCCCCACCUCCCGAAAGCAGCCCCCACCUAAACCUCGGAGAGAUCCCAACACCAAGCUGAGCAUCUCCUGCGAGGCUGUGGACCAGAGCCCCAGCUCCUGCAGGGGAGGAGACUUGGAGAAGUGUGAUGCAGCACAGGGCUGCAGUGAGGACUGCAAGCGGAUCCCUCCUCCAAAGCCAAAGAGGAACCCUAACACGCAGUUAAGCACGUCUUUUGACGAAUCCUAUAUCCGUACUCAUGGUUCUAAGGGCUCACCACCAGCUGCACCUCACUCUCAAGAGACUGUGGCACCAUCCCCACCCCAGCCCCAAAGCCCUUCCCGGGACUCUGACUUGGAUGAGCCCGUCUACAUUGAGAUGUCAGGACACACAGGGCGUGAGCUGCCCCAGCGUGCUAGCAUAGAGGAUGAGGAACCAGGUGAGGCAGUGUAUGAGGAGAUGAAAUACCCCGUCCUUGAUGAACCGGACUCGGUACGGUGGGAUCCGCCAGGCUGUCGUUCGCAGUGCCCUACACCCUGCCCGCCGGACCCUGAUAUUCACACUCCUCUAAGUCGCUGCUCCACACCCCGUGGUACGCCCCUCUGUGACAUCCCUGCCCCUUUCCCCAACCUCCUAUCCCACAGACCUCCCUUGCUGGUGUUCCCUCCGGCCCCGGCUCAGUGUUCGCCCAAUUCGGACGAGUCCCCGCUCACACCCCUGGAUGUGGCGAAACUGCCCAUGUUGGAGAACUCCUCCUAUGGGAAAUCACCCACAUCCUCUUCCUCGCUUGAUCCUUCCUCCUCCUCUUCCUCUUCCUCCUCGCACCUGCGACGUGCUGAGAGAGAGCUAACGGCGACUCCCACCAUCACGGUGUCAGGUCGCUCCUCUGCACCGCCGUUGCCCUGCACGCUGUACAAGAGCUCGGCCUCGUCUGCGCACAGCUACCAGCGGAGCCACUCGGCUUGCCCUUCGCCUGUCAGCAUGGGCCGUUGCCUCACCCCGCUAAGCCUCAUGAGGGCACCACCCUUCGAUGGGCCCUUUCCUGGUCUGCCUCGAAGUGCUUCGGCUACGCCCCACGGCAAAGGUUCGCCCCCCCAGGAUGGCCGGCACCACGGCUCUCUGCAGAACGUGUCAGUGGGGCGCUCCCGUACGCCCACCAGUCCGCUGGAUGAACUUACCAACCUGUUUAACACAGGCAGGAACAUGCUGAAGAAGAAUUCGAGCGGACGAAAGAGCAAAGAACCGGCCGAGAGAGCAACAGACCAAUCACAAUGCAGGUCAUGCCAUAGCGUGGAGCCACUACCAAGACGUGACAGUAAAGAGAGGUGCUGCAAUAGUGUAGAACCCUCGCCUGACAGUAAAGAAAGAGGCUGCAAUAGCAUAGAACCUAUAUCUAGACAUGAUAGCAAAGACAGGGGCUGCAGCAUCACGGAGGCUUUGCACAGACAAGACAGCAAAGAACGAGGCUGCAGCAAUGUGGAGCCCCUGCCCAGACGUGACAGCAAAGACAGGGGUUGCACUGGACCAGAACUCUUGCCUCGGCAAGAAAGUAAAGAACUGCACAGUUUGGACGUCAGACAAGAUGGUAGAGACAGAAGUGUCCAUUGCCCGGAGCUGCUGCCGAGACAUGACAGUAAGGAUACAGGCAGAACCGGCCUGGAAUACCGACGUGACAGCAAAGAUGGUGGCAGGAACAGCUCGGAAUCUCGACGUGAUGUUAAAGACAAGGUAAGCGCGGAGUGCAGGCGUGACGGCAAGGACAGGGCCAGUAACGGCACUGAAAUCAUACCUAGACGGGAACUUAAAGACAAAGGUGGACACGCAGCCGAAGCUCUGCUAAGGUACGAUGGAAAAGACAGAACGAACUUUGGCAUGGGCUCACCCAAAGCACACGAGCGAGACACUGGGACUGCGCCACUCUCUGUGGCAACUCCUAGUCGCCAUGGACGAUCCCCUGUCAGCCCAACGAUGACGACUGGAAACUCCAGCUCUGAACUGAAGACAAUUCCAAAAAGCAUCAGAUCCCCCUCCAUGUCUGUUGUGCCAUCCCCAGCAGGGACACCACAGAGGCAGUCUUCAGAGAUCCAGCAGGUGCCACCUAUGACCUGGAUGUAUGGUGACAGCACCAUGCUGGAGAUGAUCGAGAGGAAACAAAGAUUAUGUCGGGAGAUUCGGUCCCGUCAGUGGCCCCUCAACCGAAGUCCCUGCAAGCAGGAGAGCCUUCCAUCCCUGCCAACCUGGAAAAAAACCAAUGGGACCAAGAAGUAUCUGCCGCCCCCAUAUCCCACCCAGACCACUGUGUUCUGGGAUACUGCCAUCUGA